AUGAAUCACCUAAGUUUAAGCUAGUAGCAAGACUUAGUUUAAUUACUAACAAUAUAUAUUAGUAAGCAUGAAUAAAUAUAAAAUUCAAACCAAUCACUAGAUGAGAUGUUGAAAUAGUUUAUUAAAAUUUACUCUCGUAGAUUUUAAUAAAAUGAAUAUCAGAAUACUUUAAUUAGUUCACAAGUGUUAAUAUCAAGUCAAAAAAUAAUGUAGGAAAAGCCAUAAUUGCAAUCAAAGAUUAUAAUUUUGGAUCAACUCAAAGAGUCAAGGGAGUAAGUGCUUUUGAAACUAGAUUAAAGAGAAUAAGAGUAGUCUAAGUUAGAAAAGGUUUUAGCGAGUCUUAAUAAAAAAGAAUCAAUUUAACAUUAAUUUGAAGAUCUGAAUGAUGGAAUAUAGAUGUGCGAGGAGAAAUGUGUUUUAUUAUAAGAAGAGAAUCUUGAGUUUACUAAGAUAGCUGAUUCUUUAAGAUAGUAAAACGAGCAAUUAAAACGUCGCUAUUCUAAAGUAAAAAGAUUUAAUAUUAGACUUAUAGGCUCGUUCUACUUAUGAUAACAAUAUAUCUACCUUGAAUGAGUUGCAAAAACAUGGGAUGAAUCUAAAUUAUCGAAUAAACAAAUCAUUAAAAAUAAUUAAAGACUUAGGACUAUUAAAUCAAAGUGGAACAGUAAGUUAAAACAGGAAUAAUAGACUUGAGAACUUCGUUAGUAAUUAUUCAGAGUUGGAGGAUACAUGUAUAACAUAAUUAAAUUCAUUUUGAGCACCUCAAAGAGUUCUAAAAAAAUUUGGAAACGUAUGAAGGAAAUAUUGGUUAACAGGUGGCUGAAAGAAUUUAAUAAUUAAUCACCAUCAAACAAGAAUUAGCAUAAAUUAAUAUGAAGGAUCCCAGUUUGAACUCACCUAGAUAGUAGGAAGUAGAAACAGUUGAUCCUAUAUUGACAUCGGGAGCAUUUAGAUUUAAGACUCACCAUAAUUUAGGAGAGAAAUAAAUUAGAAGAAGGCAGAUCUCGUCACAGGAAGAGGAUCUCAGGGCUUUCUCUGAAUUAAAUGAAGAAGAUGAAGUGAAACAUUCUUCUUCAGAUGAGGAUGAUAAACGUCCUGAAUAGAGAUCCCAUAAGUAGCCAUGGUAUUAUAAAUCAGCAUUUCCAAUAAUAAGUAGUAAGAAUUCAGAGAAGAAAUGGGAAAAUUAUAGUGGGAGAAGGAAACAUCAGAAAAAUAUGUAUUCUUUUGCAUCUGAAUCAUCAGAUUAGAGUUUCAAUAGAAUGGGUGCGAUGACUUUGAAAGAAGAAUUUUAAAGCAUUUAUUAAUAGGAACAAGUAGAUGAAGAUAUCAAAGAAAAGGAUACUGAGUUGAAUGAUAGCGAUGAAAUACCUUAGCUAGUUUAAUAAUAGUCAAUAAUCUAAGAUUCUACUAUUAUCAUAAACAGAAAGUCACAAUAACUAAGUAAAUCAAAGGUUUAAAUUGAAACCACAGAAGAACCUGUUAAGGUUGACCCUUACAAAAAUCUAAAGAUAGCAGGGGUUUUACUGGCUACUUGUGGAAUAGCUGGAUGGCUAUGUAAGAAGUAUUUUUGA